AUGCAAUCACUCGAUAACGCAGAUUUUUCCAUUGUCAAUGCCCAAAAAUCCAUUGGUGAAGACAUAUACCAACAGAAAUAUUCGGUUGAGAAGUCGAUGUGUAUUGGAGAAAAUAGGAAAUGGAUGCAAACCAUCGAAAAAUGUGGAAAGGAUAAUGAUAUUGCCAUUGCCAUUACCAAGCUUCAUGCAAUAUUAGAGGCAGUGUCCGAUCGAGUGGAGAUGCAUACGAAUAUGGGCAAGCAGCAUGAUAACUGGAACUCACUUCGAUUGAACUCUAUUAACAUGAUCACUCUCACAGACAAAACUAUGGCCGGACUCGGCGCGAUCAGUUGGGUGGCGAUGCCAGUUUUCACAUUAAAAUUGUCGUCAUGUCUGCUGUUUUUUGCGGCUACAAGGAUGUUGUUGGUGAUAAACAAGUUUCAGCCACCACAACUUGUCGAAGAACAGCGCAAUGCUUCAAGAUUGUUCAAGCAAAUACGCAAAGAAAUUGAGACUCUACUGGCUUUCGAUCAUCAACAUCCGAAUCAAGCAGAUGUGAAUAAUAUGAUGGAAAGAGUUUUAGCUCUUGAUAAAGCAUAUCCACUUCCUUUGAUAGGAGUUAUGCUUGAAAAAAAGAGACAUGGUUCAAUCAACACAAUUGCCAUGCAAUCACUCGAUGACGCAGAUUUUUCCGUUGUCGAUGCCCAAAAAUCCACUGGUGAAGACAUAUACCAACAGAAAUAUUCGGUUGAGAAGUCGAUGUGUAUCGGAGAAAAUAGGAAAUGGAUGCAAACCAUCGAAAAAUGUGGAAAGGAUAAUGAUAUUGCCAUUGCCAAGCUUCAUGCAAUAUUAGAGGCGGUGUCCGAUCGAGUGGAGAUGCAUACGAAUAUGGGCGAGCAGCGUGAUAACUGGAACUCACUUCUGUUGAACUCUAUUAACAUGAUCACUCUCACAGGCACAACUAUGGCCGGACUCGGCACGAUCAGUGGGGUGGCGAUGCCAGUUUUCGCAUUAAAAUUGUCGUCAUGUCUGCUGUUUUCUGCAGCCACAGGGAUGUUGAUGGUGAUGAACAAGCUUCAGCCAUCACAACUUGUCGAAGAACAGCGCAAUGCUUCAAGAUUGUUCAAGCAAAUACGCAAAGAAAUUGAGACUCUACUGGCUUUCGAUCAUCAACAUCUGAAUCAAACAGAUGUGAAUAAUAUGAUGGAAAGAGUUUUAGCUCUUGAUAAAGCAUAUCCACUUCCCUUGAUAGGAGUUAUGCUUGAAAAGUUUCCAGCCAAAUUGAAGCCUACAGUGUGGUGGCCACCUCUAAAUGUUCAAUUCCAAAGAGAGAGCAGAUUACAAGAUCAAGAAAGACAUUGUAAUGGAUGGACUGAUGAAAUCGAAAAUGAAAUGAGAGAAAUUGUUGAAGUUUUGAAGAGAAAAGAUAAAGAAGAUUACAUAAGAUUAGGCAACAUAGCCCUGAAGUUGAACAAAAUUUUCGCUAUUAUGGGGCCUAUACUUUCUGGCAUGGCCGCUAUAGGAUCAGCUUUUGUGGGUUCCUCUUCUUUGGCCAUUUAUAUUGCAGUCGGGGCAGGGGCAUUGGCUACCAUUGUGAAUUCUCUUGAGCAUGGUGGACAAAUAGGGAUGGUUUUUGAAAUGUACAGAAACUCAGCAGGUUUCUAUCAGCUUUUGGAGGAAUCAAUUGAAUCCACUCUUGAAGGAGGAGAAUUGGAGAGAAGAGAAAACGGGGAGAUAUAUGCAACGAAGGUGGCUUUACAAUUGGGAAGAAGCUUAAAGCAGCUCAAAGAACUAGCCACGGCAUCAGCUUCCUCGCGUAAAAAUGGAGAGACCAUUCAAGAAUUUGCAAGCAAGCUUUUCUGA